UUGGAAAAAUGUCGGUCAAGUACAUAAUAACUGCUGUGCUCGGAUCAUUUGCAAUUGCAUUUGCAGCUGACCACUUUAUUGCCGACAAGAAGAUAUUUGGAGGAACCACACCGUCGACCAUUGCUAGCACAGAAUGGUGGGAAGAGACGGACAAGAAGUUUCAGGCAUGGCCUAGGACGGCAGGCCCGCCAGUCGUUAUGAAUCCUAUCAGCCGUCAAAACUUCAUCGUCAAAUCUCGCUCUGAAUCUUGAAUCAUAACUGUCUUGGAUCUCUGCCUUUUGUAUCUAAUGCUUUGUCGACUAGUGUAGUAAAUAGUAACUGGCUUUCGGUGAUAGGCAUGUCUUGGCUUGAAUAUUAUGUUUGUAUGAAGUCUUCCUAAAAUUUGGUCUACCCGUCUAGCAACUCACUAUACGGUGCGGAGGACUUGUAUUGGUUCAGUUGUAGCACAUGCUGUUGGUGUCAGAUGCUCGAUAUCUUUCUGUAACAACAUGGCCGUCAAUGUGAAUAAUGCUAUCACUCAGUUUUUCUGCGGAAAA